GUUUUUAUGUUUUAACGUUUACAUUAUUCCACCGCCAUCACCAGAUACGUGUUGUAUAUAUAUAUCAACAGACCCCAAUGUCUUGUUCAUCAGCUCGUGUGUUCAAUAAUCUUAUCACCCAAAGAAUUCUAGUCUUUAAUUCGAGACCCCUUUCAAAUUCUCUCAAAAUUUCAUCUGUUUCUUCGAUCUCUCUUCCAAUAGGUUCAAAAAGAUCGUGGUUUUCCACCAGAUUCUGCAAUACCAAAAGAACGCCAGUGGUAAAUUUCAGCUCAAUGGCCACUCAAUCGAAGCAAUCAGUUUACGACUUCACCGUUAAGAACGCAAAGGGACAAGAUGUGGAUCUCAGCACUUUCAGAGGAAAAGUCUUGCUGAUUGUUAAUGUCGCAUCACAAUGUGGUUUAACGAACUCUAAUUACCCUGAGCUGACAACCUUGUAUCAGAAGUACAAGGACCAAGGUUUUGAGAUUCUUGCAUUUCCAUGCAAUCAGUUUAAUGGGCAAGAACCAGGGAGUAAUGAAGAAAUCCAGGAUUUCGUUUGCACUCGAUUCAAAGCCGAGUAUCCUGUCUUUGGAAAGGUUGAUGUGAACGGAAAAACGUCAGAACCUUUGUACACCUUCUUGAGGUCAAGCAAAGGAGGACUUCUUGGUGACAGUAUUAAGUGGAACUUCACAAAGUUUCUAGUUGACAAAGAAGGAAAGGUUGUUGAUCGUUAUGCUCCCACCACUGCUCCUCUAAGCAUUGAGAAGGAUAUAAAGAAGUUGCUUGGUGUUGCUUAAGUGCUUGCUCUAUAAUGUGCUUUUGCCGUUUUUUCUUAAUAAAUGAGCACUUUGUUAUCGUUAAUGUUUUGAACGUUUUCUUAUGAUGUAAUUUUUAACUUUGGACAUCUUGUGUGAUGUGAUAUGUAAACCAAAUUAUAUAUUAUUGAAAUGACCUUCUACAUGUAUAAAAUCAAGUGUGAAGUCUGUGUCCCAAAAUAUCUUAAUCAAGUUUUAAUUACGUCGUUA